AUGGCCUCUCGUGUCCUUGUCUCUGGUCUCCCCCGGUCCCUCCCUCCCCUCCCUCCGGGGCCUGCCCCUACCUGCCUUCCCUGCGUUGAGGGGCGGCAGCGCGCCGCCCCUCAGUCCUCCGAGUUUCCUCCGACAGAGGCUCCGCUGCAGACUCUUCACAUGGACGUGUGGGGCCCCGCCCGCGUCCGUGGCCAGGGCCACGAGCGUUACUUCCUGUUGGUGGUUGACGACUACUCGCGUUACACCACGGUGUUCCCCUUGCGCAGCAAGGGUGACAUUACUGAGGUGUUGAUCGACUGGAUCCGCGCAGCUCGUCUCCAGCUCAGAGAGAGUUUCGGCUCGGACUUUCCUGUUCUGCGUCUGCACUCUGACAGAGGCGGGGAGUUUUCCUCUGCCCGUCUGGGAGCCUUCUGUCGUGCACAGGGCAUCCGCCAGACCUUCACGCUUCCGGCCUCUCCACAGCAAAAUGGGAUUGCUGAACCUGUAUUGGCAUGGUCAUGGACGUCGCUCGUUGGCGAUGCGUCUGCAUUUUGGGUCUGGGGAUCUCGGGCGUUUGUCCGCGACUUGUCUGUGGACAAGUUGUCCCCCCGUGCUGUUCCAUGCGUCUUCCUUGGCUUCCCCCGUGACGCGCCUGGUUGGCAGUUUUACCACCCCACCUCGCGCUGUGUUCUUUACUACCUUGUGUCUCAGGUAAACGCAAUUGAGCCUGUCGAGGUAGCUGUUGACUCUGGUGCUGCUAGGGUUGCUGAGCCUGCGGGUGCCGGGUCUGGGGGUGCUGAGCCUGGGGAUGCUGAGCCUGGGGGUGCUGAGUCUGGGGGUGCUGAGCCUGGGGGUUCGGAUCCUGGGGUUGCUGAGUCUGUCGUUACGGAGCCUGGGGGUGCUAGGCCUGGGGGUGCUGGGUCUGCUCGUGUGGCCGCCGGCGGUGCUUCGUCGAGGGGGGAGCUACUCUCUUCAAAGGAGCUGCGCGAGUGGUUUGCCCGGCGCUGGAGCCGUGCAGUUGGAGCUCGAGGUGCUACUGUUGCUGCUGGUCCUGGAGGUGCUCGUACUGGCGGUAGUGGAGGUGCUGGGACUUGGGGUGCUGCUGGGGCUGCUGGAGUUGGUCCUGCUGGAGGUACUACUGGAGCUGCUCGCGGUACUGGAGCUCACAGUUUUUCUAGAGCUGGAGCUGGAGCUGCUGGGGUUGUUGGCGCUGGAGGUGCUGCUGGCACUGGUGCUUCUGAGGGUGCUGGAGUUGGUGCUGUAAGAGCUGGAGGUGCUGCUGGCGCUGGUGCUCCCGUCGGAGGGUACUGGUGUUGUCCCUACUGGUUCGGGAGGCGGUGUGCGGCCGCGGCCGUACUUCGUUUCGCUCCUUGA